UUGUAGUUAUGGUUGUGAGAAAAAUUUUACCAGGGAUAGGGGAUUGCAGGUGUAAUCGUAAUGGUUCAUUAUUGAUACGUUGUUUGUGAAAUUAAAUUUCGAGUGUUAUAAUAUCUGAUUAUUCUUUAAAAAAUUAUGCUUUAAAAGGAGUAUUGGUCUGCUUACAGUAACACUUUGAUUGAUCUAUCUUCUUUUAUAAUUGUAAAUUGUGUUUACCGUGGAAGUGAAUGAAAUUAAUAAAAAUUUUAAUAUUCGCAAUAAUUUAAUUUUUUAAGUAAGCAAUGCCUAUUUGUCAACGUAAAAGUUUUUCUAGGCUUGGAUUGUGCAAUACAAAUUUGUGUUUUGUGUUAUAGCUUAAAUAUACAUCUGGUUAAAAACUAUGGCUAGCUCAGCUACUAAUGACAAGACUGUGAACAAAGUUGCUCUCUGUUCAGCAAUAUUUGCUGGGUUUGCUUAUGUUGGAUAUUCAGUUGUUAGGACAGCAUUUUGUAGAAAAUUGGGAAGAAGAGAAGAAGGCUAUCCUGAAGAACAUAGGAUCUACUUCAGGCGCUUGUCCCAGACUACUCAGACAGAUGUCCUGCUAGGCAACUUGGAUCUAACAGGCACAGGAAAGGUGGUACUUCAUCCACUCACUGUUCAGGACCGGAUCAGAGAGCUGAACCUCAAAGCUAGGAUGUUUACAGACACCAUGUUAGCUAUACAGGCGACCACAGGGCCAUCGCCCCGCCACGGCCCCAUGCCUGGACCUCGCAGUCUCCAGUGUUCCCCAUGGGGAUCUCCACGAAUCUUGAGUCCUGUGGAUGUGCGCCAUAUCCUGUCAAGCCGCUCAUCGGAAAACCUGGUGAUGUUGGGGCUAGGCUCACCAGCACCAUCACCGGUCAAGCGAAGGUGGACACGGCGGUCUCUGCGCCGCCAACGCUCCCCAGUCGCGCAGAGUGCGCAGCGCGUCAGCCAACAAGAGGAAGCGGAGAAACUGUUGCGCGACACCGAGGACGAGUUGAGGCUGCGGCUUGAAGCUAUCACUCACAGGCAAAGGGUGAUGGCAGCUAGUGAGGCCAAGAGUCUCGUUGCCUUGCUGCACAGCAACGAUGAAAUACUUCUAGAGAGAACGUUGAUUACUAUAGCCAACUGUGGAACUUUUGCUGGAAACCAGGAUAUGCUGCGAGAAGCGGGAUGCUUAUUCAGAUUAACCAAACUCCUGACGUAUCCCAAAACCAAUGUUCAAUUGGCUGCUAUUAAAGCUUUGGGUAACUUGGCACUAAAUGAAGAUAAUCAAAAAGAAUUGAAGGAUGCAAUCCCAGUCCUGUUAUCGUUUGUGAACAAGGAGCAGCCGCUAGAAAAGCUGGUGCUGUGUGCACUGGUCACUCUGACCAACAUCGCAGUGUUGACCGAGUGGCAUGACGAGUUCUAUCCUGUGUUGCACAAUUUGUACCACCUAGUGGAUUCAGCCUCCCCGCAGAUCAGACUGCAGGCUCUCAAACUCCUCAUCAACCUGUCGUGCAAUGAGGACAUGGUUCCUAGCCUACUGGCUGCUCAGGCUCCUCGUCGCCUCAUUUAUCUGUUGGACCUCACAAUGAAUGAGGAGAUCUUGCUGCGAGUGGUAACUCUCCUCGCUAACCUAACGAAGACCACCCGUGAAUUAAACCUGGACCCCGCCAUCGACCUUCCUGCGGAGGACAAAGCAGCAUCCCCCGACACAAUGUAUGUCAGCAGGUAUGCUGCCAUAUUUGGAGUCAACAUUCUGGAGAAAAUCAGGAGCAAGAUAUUUGUAUUGAUGAACCAACACCCCAACGAAGAUAUCCGAGUCCAGGCAAGGAAGAUGUACGAAGCUCUCAAAUCCUGAGGGCAUGGCACACCCACUAGUCCUGGGCCUCCACCUCCCUGGGCUCUGCUACGCCGGCCCCGCCCCUCCAUCGUAGUUACCAAUCACUGAGCCACCCACCCCUACAAGCGUCUGCAGUAUACAUUCUAUGAGGGCAUCCUGUCAGUUGUCAAGAUAAACCAUUGUUUGUUUCUAAAUCAGAUAUUUUUAUUGUAUAAUCAGAAAAAAUUUUAUAAAAAACAGAAAUUAAUUUCUUUGCAUGCUGGCCCUUAAUGUUGUGGCACUCAAUAGAAUUUUGGGAAUUAUUAUUGAUACAACAAAAUUAAAAAUCAAAAACUACAAUAAACAUAAAAAGAUACAGUGAAUAUUGUGUUUACCAGCUCCAACUAUAACACUCUAAUACCACUUGUACAAUAUCUCUAACAAUGUAAACUUUAGUUAUCAUAAUGCGAAUGUCCAUUUCACCUUCGGUCUGAAAUCUUGUGCUGUCACAGACUGGACUCAUGAAAUCUGGAGUCCAAGAUCUUCUGAAGAGAUAAAAAAAGUUAAUUUUAGAUUGUUAUCAGUGGAGCGCUAAACUCAAUAAAUACCAAAAGUACUUACAUGGUUUGUAUUCCUGUUUUAUCAUUUCCUAUACUGUAAGACAUACUGAAUCUGAUUAAAAUAUAAGUAUGACAUAACAUAUUUAAACACGUGUAUUGUAUUGACAUUUAAUGUGACUUAUGUUUAAAAAUUCAUUCCUCUGACAACAGUUAAUAUAGUCAUCAAACAUAGUAAUUAAACUAACCUUUUCAUACUGUAAAAUAAGCAGUAUUUAGGUCUAGAACUAAAUAGAUUUUCAACUUAAUACGGAUAUAGAAAGCGGAAAGCCUGUAAAUAUUUUGUCCUGUGUAAACCGAAAACUCAGGUACUGGUUAUAGCUUAUAUACUUGUGGCUGCCAAUUCCUUUGUUUUCCGUGGUUGGAUGCAUAGACAAACGAUUAUGUUAACACGCCUUAGUAAUGCUCUGUGAAAUAGUAGCCUCCAAGUGUUUAUUUGUUAUAUUAUGUAGUACAAAUUGUAAUAGUUUGAUUUUAUAACUACUCAUAUAGAGUAAAACCUUUUGAGAUUUUCAAAUAUUUCAACCAACUGUUAUAUAAGAAUUCAUGAGUAUUUAGGUUGAAUCUAAUAUUGAAUUGUAUUUAGUAGAAAUUUGUAAAAGAUGUUAAUUCAUAGCAAUUCGAUUAUGUAUAUAUUACCCUAGAUAAUAUAAAUGUGUGUCAUCACAGUUUUACUAUUAAAAGUGCAAUGAUAUAUUGCAAUGCUGUAAUAUUUCAAUAAUAACAUAACGAGUAAAGUAUAGAAUUAUCUACAGUAGGGCCUCUAUUAACUAAACUGAAUAGACAAAUUGAACACAAGACAACUUAGCAUGAGGGUUGGUUCAGUUGUUGUUCCUAAUUUCGCUUGUUCUAGUCUUACCAAAAAGUGUUGAUAAAAACCGUCAGCUCCCAGACAGAAACCAACUAACAAGUUUUUAUGUAUUUAACAUUCAAUAUAUAAUGAAGUUCCAUUGCUACAUAACAGCUUGGAUAGUGAUGAUUCAAUCAUUAUUUAAUACGAUUUUCAUUGUUCUAUUAUGCCUUCAGUGUUGGGAUUGUAUCUUCGCUUCUUCUUGUCUGCAUCAAAGUCAGUAAUCAGUAGUACCAAAAGUACCACCACAACCCCAAAACUAGUUUUGUACAUGUAUAGUUCUUACCUGAAAUUUAUGUUCAGUCUGUGUACUGAAUGGAAACACUAGUUCAAAUCUUUAGUCUAGUAAGCUGGUAAAUAAAAGCUUUGUGAGAUUGAUGUUUGGUUAAUCGAGGUCUUACUGGGCAUUUGAACUUAUUCCUUGUAGCAGUGGCGUAUCCAGCAUUUGAGUUCAUGUGACCUAACCCAUUAUACUGGAGGGGGAGAGUAGAUUAAAUUCUUAUUUUUGGUAUUAAAGGUACAGAUUGAGAGAUUCCAUACGGGCCCUGAGAAGCGCGACAGGGGAGUGGUGUGGUACGGAGUGGGAGAAGCCGUCAUAAGAGGGGUGGGGCUGACUGCCGCUGCACCACAAAGCUUGCCACUGUCACUAUUGUCAGUGAGCUGGAUCUGCGUUCGAUUAUUUAAACAAAUGUUAGACAAAUUUACAUUGGCAGUAACAUACUUCCAAUAGUAACCAUUAAAAUAUUUCUAUCUGAAUUUAAACGUUAAUGUAUAAAAGCAAGCGCGAGGUCCUCACCACACAGCUCCGCGAUACAGACUGGGGAAGCGUUACCCCCACUCCUCCAAAUGACAAGUAGACCACUGCGCAUCGCCAGGCCAGGGCCCGUAUGGAAUCUCUCCAUCAGUAUAAGGUGGUUAAAAAAUGUGGGCUGAAUCUUCCAGAAAUGGUGAGUGAAAUUGGUUGUUUUAACAUUAUAUGUUCUCAAUAGCCAAUACAAAUCUGUAUUUAUUUUAUUUCAGUUUUGAAAACUGUACAUACCUAAAAUAUACAGUUUAAUUUAUACCUAAAGUAUUUGUAACAUUUUAUUUUUAUCUGAGGAUUUUGUUAUAUUUUCUAGACGGUUUUGGGUGUUCUCCAACCUACACUGUAUACGCCAAUGCCUUUGAAAAUGUAACUGAAAGUUUUUAAAGAGUUUUGUGUUUGUUAUAUGUGAUAUUUUUAUCCAUUUUACAUCGACAGCCCUCUGGAUAUGCUGCAUUUCAACUGCAAAACGCUAAGCAUAUUUUUGUGUACUGCAGACCUAUUUGUUACAAUGCACAAUUUAUAUGAUAAGUUUAUUUUUUAAUUUAUUGUACAUAUUGUAUGUUGUGAUAUAACCUUAUUAAAGUUUAAGUGAUAAAUUUUAUAUUUUGAAAAUGAUUUAUUUUUCUAAACUAUGUUGUUAAAUGUUGAAAAUACAAGAAGUUUUAUCUCAGUGGUGCAUAUGCAGAGAGAAAGGUAACACUACUAACUAUAUUGUGUUAUCAAAAUGUUGACCGGAACACACUUGUUGACAUGGUCAGUGUUAUACUCGUAUAUUUCAUAGACAUAGAGGCUAUUUUAUCAGUGUAUUUUGUCUUUUCAUAUUUCGCACGAUUAUAGUUGAUGCCUAGCAACAGCGCUCUCUCUCUCUCACACUCUCUCUUCACACAAUUCAUUAUAUAUAUAUAAUCAAUAUGUAGAUAAGUCUAACUUAUUAUUUUUUUCUCCAUUAUCUAUGUUGCUGUGUUCAGCUAUAUACACUUGCAAAAUAAGAUUAUGGUUUUGAAGUGUCAAUAUUUUUUCUUACAGUUGUUUUUUUACAAAUAUUACUGUGCAAUGUAUUGUGGCUGUACUGUUUCCACCUUAUAUUAUUUGUUAAUAUACCCAUCCGUAUGUGUACAUGUUGUAUAUAUCUUUUAUGUUCAAUAUAUUGUUUGUUUUCUAGUAUAAUAUUGAUUUAUAGAAUUACAUUACAAUUUUCAACUGUUGAAUAUCUUUAUUUGACUUAUAGUAUGUUCUGUGUAUUGGUAAUUAUCAAAAUGAGUAAUUAGAAAAAUGUUUAAAACAUCUGGAAUCAAGAUUUGACUUAAUCAUUUUUUUAUGUUGGUUUAUUUUUAGUAGUUAUUAUUUCAUUAAAAAAACUUUAUUAAGACUUACAUUAUA